AUGGCAUCAGAAAACGCCUUGUGCGCAUGGGUUAUAUGUGCCGUAGUGCCACUUUGCCUUUGUCUCAUCCGCGUAAUAGCUGUACUCCCAGCACUCCGAGAUGGCCGAAAACAGAAAAGUCAUUCUGAGUCAGACAUACCAGUGGACACCAGCCUCAUGAUUUUCUUGGGUUCUGGUGGCCACACAGGAGAAAUGCUCCGUCUUCUCGAAAACACAGACAUCUCUCAAUGCCACCGCACAUGGCUUGUUUCUUCGGGCGAUGCGGCGUCUCUCAUGAAAGCAAAGAAGUAUGAGGAGUCCACUCGAAGUUUCAAAAACGUGAACUAUGCAGAGCUCCAUAGAGCUAGAAAGGUAGGAGAGUCGCUUGCCCUGUCAACUCUCAGCACAAUUAAGUCCAUCUUUUCUACUGUACAGCAACUCAGCCUUCUUCCAAAACCGGAUAUCCUUCUUGUAAAUGGCCCAGGAACUAGUGUGCCUAUUGCAUAUACCCUAUUUUUUAUGAGCCUAUUCGGAGGAUGCAAAACAAAAAUCGUGUACAUUGAGUCCUUAGCCAGAGUGCACAAUCUUAGUCUUAGCGGCAGGUUGAUUAUGCCCAUAGCCAAUCGCUUCCUUGUUCAAUGGGCCCCGUUGGCAUUUAAAUACCAAAGAGCGGAGUAUUACGGCAUUUUGAUCUGA